CCUCUUUUCUCUUCCAAACUCUUUCCAAAUUUUUCAUCAUCUCUCUUCCUACCUAAUUCCUCACAAAUUCUCACCAACAAAACCUUCCUCAAAUAUCUAUAUAUCUAGAUAUACACCUAUAUAUAUAUAUAUACACCAAACACAAACUACUAUAUGAUUAUAGAUUAAUUCAAUUUCAAACUCAUAAUCAUCAACAACAAUGACAAUGAAAUCUAUACUAAAAUCGAUUCUCCCUUCAACAUGUUUCCAUGGAGAGUAUCCAUCACCAAAGCCAAAGAAAGUAGUAUCAACAAAGCCAAGAAACUCUUCAACCUCAACCUCAACUCAUAGGAUUUCUAUAGAAGAUUUGAGUUAUCAAAACACGACUUUAUCCGAAGAGUUAACUAACUCUCUUUCUCUAGCAGGGUCUAAUCUCUAUAAGUUUACCGUUGUUGAACUUAAAGCUAUAACACAGCACUUUUCUUCAAGUAAUUUUCUUGGCGAAGGUGGGUUCGGACCGGUUCAUAAAGGGUUUAUCGAUGAUAGGGUUAGGCCCGGUUUGAAAGCGCAGCCUGUUGCUGUUAAACUCUUGGACUUGGAAAGCAAGCAAGGUCAUAAAGAGUGGCUGACUGAAGUUGUUGUUCUUGGACAAUUAAGGCAUCAACAUCUUGUGAAGCUAAUUGGAUAUUGUUGUGAAGAUGAACAUAGGCUUUUGGUCUAUGAAUAUUUACCAAGAGGAAGUUUGGAAAAUCAGUUAUUUAGAAGAUUUUCAGCAUCAUUACCAUGGUCAACAAGAAUGAAAAUUGCUGUUGGAGCUGCAAAAGGUUUAGCAUUUCUUCAUGAAGCUGAGCAACCUGUUAUUUAUAGAGAUUUCAAAGCUUCAAACAUCUUGCUAGACUCUGACUAUAAUGCAAAACUCUCUGACUUUGGGUUGGCAAAAGAUGGACCUGAAGGAGAUGACACCCACGUUUCAACAAGAGUUAUGGGUACUCAAGGCUAUGCUGCUCCUGAAUAUGUCAUGACAGGUCAUUUGACAGCUAAGAGUGAUGUGUAUAGCUUUGGAGUUGUUUUGUUGGAAUUGCUAACAGGGAGAAAGUCAGUGGACAAAAACCGUCCUGCAAGGGAACAAAACCUAGUUGAUUGGGCAAGACCAAUGUUAAUUGAUGCAAGAAAACUUGUUAAAAUAAUGGAUCCAAAACUUGAAGGACAGUACUCUGAAAUGGGUACUAAAAAAGCAGCUUCAUUGGCUUAUCAAUGUCUUAGCCAUAGGCCAAAGAGUAGGCCUACCAUGAGCAAUGUGGUUAAGAUCUUGGAACCCUUGCAAGAUUUUGAUGAUAUUCCAAUUGGACCCUUUGUUUACACUGUUCCAGUUGAGAAUAAUGAAGUGGUUAAAGAAAAAGAUCAAGCAAAGGAAGAUGAAUCGACGAAGGAGAGGAAAAGAGAAAAUGGUCAAUAUCGUAGGAAUGGUCAUAGGCAUCACCCGCUUAAAUCUCCUAGGUCGCCGAUGCCCCAAUCGCAAUCACGGCCGCAGUCACAGCCACGGCCUCGUGUGCGGAUAGACAGGCAUCAAAAUUAUAGAGGAAGUGCGUUGAAUUCUCCUUCUCCUUCCCCUUCGCCGCAGCCACAUAAAAAAAGCUAUGAAACUUAGCUUAAUGGAAACAAAAAUCAUUUUGUAUAUAUAUACAAAUAUUUUUCAAAAAAUGUUUAGUGAUUUUAUAGUGUACAAACUACUGUAAACUAAGUGUGAUGAGCUAUAUCAAUUGUACCCCAAGAGAGAGUACAUAAAUACAUUGGAGAAAAGAGAUAUGAGUGGGAGUGCAAUUGUAGUGGAUCUCACAUGAAAGAUAUGUUUGUUAGUUUUAUUUUUUAUUCUCCAAUUAAAAGAGGAAGUUAUAAUUAUUUUCAAGUUGUUUAACAUACAAAUAGAGAAUAAUACAUUUUGGUUCUUGGUGAAUGAAAAGAACAGUUCAACAAAUGGACAAUGACUAGUUAAGAAUUGUUCAACAAAUUUAAGAUCUUUCAACACUGAGGAUUACAGCUAUGUGAUUUGACCAAAGGUGUAAAUGAGAGAAUUUGAGAAUAGUGGGUAUAAUGGCACUAGCCACUAGGUAUAUAUAUGGUUUGACUUUAAGUGAAACUCAUUUAAAUAAAUGAACCUAGCUUAAGUCAUUAGUUUUGUUUUUUCACAAGUCAACCUCAAAUUUAAAUUUUUCAGUAAAAUCCACAUAGUUAAAUGUUUUACUUCUUAAUUUCAACUAAUAAGAAAUUCUGUAAAAGAAUAUAUUGCCAGAACCUUUGACUAUAUAUAAUCAAAACUCUUGCGCUACACACACAGGCCCAGAAAUUGAUCCAUCAAUAUACAAUUUCCAAGGUUUUACUCCCUCAUUAAAAAAUCUACAAUUACCCACCAUUUCAUGGCCUAAAGAGGCACA